GUUCGACCACAAUUAUAAACACACUCAGUUCAUGUCAAGCAGUAUCAACUAACUUAACCUUUCUGAUGUUUGUUUGCUACAACAUUGUGUAAAUUAGGAUUCCAUAUCAGUUUUACGUUUUUACGUACAAGUUCUUCAUUCGAUCAUGGAUUACUUUGUGGCCAACACGGCCUUGGUGCCAGCACCUUCGGGUAUUCAGAGUACGGCCGGGGCAGUCCCGGUCAGAAAUGAUAAGGGUGAGGUGUCUAUGAAAAAAGUUAAAGUGCACCGAUACGUAUCUGGUAAAAGGCCCGAGUAUGCUCGAAGCAGCUCCGACGAAGAGUCUGACGAAGAUGACUUUUUGGAGAAACGCCAUCCCGUGGAGAAGGAACAAGACUUUUCCGACCAGGAAUUGGAAGAAGUCCACUCAAGAGAUACUGAUGAUCCUCGUUUGAGACGAUUGACGAGAAUCGACAGAAACAGGGAGGAAUUGGAAGUCGAGCGCCAUGAGCGUAGGAGGUAUAUCGAAGAACCAGAAGUUUACAUUGAAGAACAACAGAUUCAGACAGCUAAAGAACGAAUCAAGCUAGACAGCUCUGAGUCUUCAGACGAAGAAGAUCUAUCUGACGAUGAAAUUGAAAGAAGAAGAGAAGCUUUGAAAGCUAAAGUUCUGUCCAAGGCUGCCGUAGAAGAAGAACUUUUGAAAGAAGACAUCGAAGAAGAAAAAUCAGGUGAAAGCUCUGAAUCUGGUUCUGAAUAUGAAGAAUAUACUGAUUCUGAAGAAGAAGCUGGUACUAGGCUCAAGCCUGUAUUUGUCAGGAAAAGAGACAGAAUUACUGUUAUGGAAAAAGAAAAAGAGGCAAUAAAACAAAGACAAAUGGAAAUUGAAAGUAAAAAAUUGGCUGAUGAGAGGAAAAAACAAACCUGGCAGAUGGUUGAAGACUCCAUUAAACAAGAGACACAAAUGAGAUCAAAUACUUACGAAGCCGAAGGUAAUAUCAAUGAUGUUAACACAGAUGACGAAAAUGAUGAACAAGCCUAUGAAGCUUGGAAGCUUCGUGAAUUAAAACGUAACAAAAGAGAUCGUGAGGAACGUGAAGCAUAUCAAAAAGAAAGACAAGAAAUAGAGAGGUUGCGAAACAUGACAGAGGAAGAAAGACGCCAAGAAGCUAGAUUGAAUCCUAAAGUUGUUACUAAUAAAGCAGCCAAGGGAAAAUACAAGUUCUUGCAGAAGUAUUAUCAUCGUGGAGUCUUUUAUCUGGAUAAGGAUGAAACUGUAUUCAAACGUGAUUUCUCAGGAGCCACGUUGGAAGAUCACUUUGACAAAACAGUUCUACCUAAAGUUAUGCAGGUGAAGAACUUUGGCCGUAGUGGUAGAACUAAAUACACACAUUUGGUAGAUCAAGACACGACACAAUUUGAUUCACCGUGGAUCUCUGAAACAGCCCAAAAUUUAAAAUUCCACAACAAUUUAGCAGCUGGUGUUAAGCAAAUAUUUGAAAAACCAUCUUUAAAACGACGAAAAGAAAAUUAGAUUAAAAAUUACAUAAUUAUUUAUAAAUGUCAAUAAUUCUUGUAAAUAGUCAUAUAAAUAUUUAAUAGUCUAUUUGUUUAUUAUAAGUACUCAAAACGGUCACUGUCAUCAAAUUAUGUAUGUAAUUAAUGUGAAUAUUAAAUUUGAUAACUGACAA